GCUCACUGCGCCGGCGCGCAGGCGCGAGCGCCUAAAGCGCCUUUCGGUGUCCAAGGACCUAGAUUUGUCCCCUCGGCCUGCCCCGUUCAAAGUCCUCUGAGCGAGGCCAAGAGAGACUGCCUCCACCUAAGGAUCAUUUUCCUCCGGCUCAGAAGCCUCUCGGCAGCAGGCUCUGGCCCUUGCCCUUUGACCCCGUGGCGGCGGGGUGAGAGGUCGGGUGGCCAUCUUGUGGCGGCGGCGCGGGCGGCUGUUACUGCGGAGACCUGUCCCCUCCCCCGCGCCUGGUACCCCUAGCUGUCUGUCAGUCGCCGGAGAGCCUUGCAGCCUGUCAGGAGAGGCCUGGGCCGAGUGCGGUCGCUCUCCCCGUCUCAUCGGGCGGCCCAGGCCGCUCCUCACCACCGCCACCAUGUCCUCCUUCUCAGAGUCGGCGCUGGAAAAGAAGCUCUCCGAGCUGAGCAACUCUCAGCAGAGCGUGCAGACCCUGUCCCUGUGGCUCAUCCACCACCGCAAGCAUGCAGGACCCAUCGUCUCGGUGUGGCACCGUGAGCUCCGCAAAGCCAAAUCAAAUAGAAAGCUUACUUUUCUGUAUUUAGCAAAUGAUGUCAUCCAAAACAGUAAAAGGAAAGGACCUGAGUUCACGAGAGAAUUUGAAUCUGUCCUUGUGGAUGCUUUUUCUCAUGUUGCCAGAGAGGCAGAUGAAGGCUGUAAAAAACCUUUAGAAAGAUUGCUGAACAUCUGGCAAGAACGAAGUGUGUAUGGCGGCGAGUUCAUACAGCAGCUGAAGCUGUCUAUGGAGGACUCCAAGAGCCCUCCCCCCAAAGCAAUGGAAGAGAAGAAGUCUCUAAAACGGACUUUUCAGCAGAUACAAGAGGAAGAAGAUGAUGACUACCCUGGAAGCUACUCUCCUCAAGAUCCUUCAGCAGGCCCCCUCUUGACUGAGGAGCUAAUCAAAGCUUUGCAGGAUCUGGAAAAUGCAGCAUCAGGGGAUGCUACUGUUCGACAGAAGAUUGCUUCUCUGCCCCAGGAAGUGCAGGAUGUGUCGCUGCUAGAAAAAAUUACAGACAAAGAGGCAGCUGAACGUCUUUCAAAAACAGUAGAUGAAGCAUGUCUGUUACUAGCGGAAUAUAACGGGCGCCUGGCAGCAGAGCUGGAAGACCGGCGCCAGCUGGCUCGGAUGCUGGUGGAGUACACCCAGAACCAGAAGGAGGUUUUGUCAGAAAAAGAGAAAAAGCUAGAGGAGUAUAAACAGAAGCUUGCUCGAGUAACCCAGGUCCGCAAGGAACUCAAGUCCCACAUUCAGAGCUUGCCAGACCUCUCACUGCUGCCUAAUGUCACAGGGGGCCUGGCACCUCUGCCCUCUGCUGGUGACCUCUUCUCAACUGACUAGGACAGGUAUCAUGCCCCAGAUUCCCUUGCGUGCCAGAGAAAAGAAGCAAGUCACUGUUGGAGACAGCCUUCUGGCCCCAGCUCCAUCUCUUCAGCCAGCAUCUGCCUCAGUCAUGAAGCCGGGGGGGGGGGGGAGGUUCUGACUUCUCGUUCUCCUCCCACUCCCUCCUGAGCACAGUUCAGAACCGUGCAAAUGGACUCAGUUUCAAUUCGUAUUUGUAAGAAUACAGACUCUCCCUUCCACUCAUGUUCUCAUGCCCCUGUUGCUUUUCCAUUCUUAGCUCUAUAUUACACCCAUAAGCCAUGAAAAUCAUGUGUACUUCUGGAAGCUUUUGAGAGAAUCUUGCUUCAAGUGACAGCACAUGUCAUGGAGGUCUGAGCCAGUCUUGGCCAGGUUCGGAACAGGUUCCCAGUGAGGGAUCCAAGCUGCAGGCGUUGGCUCACCUGGCCACCAUCUGCCCACAAGGUCAGCAGCACAGCUUUGCCACAGAGAGUUUGCCAAAUUGCUGACCCUUCCCAACCACUACUUAUGCUAGAGAAGUGUUGUCAAGGUUAGGUGUGUUUGUUUUGCAAGCAUUUUAGAGAAUCUAGUAAUAAGAUUCAAAGCUGAUCUAGGUCAUAGUCACAGUGCAGGUGCAGAGUGACAGGGAUCCCAAGUCAUUUGCCUGGUUUCUCCCCACAGCCUUCCCGUGCCAUACUUCUCAAGGGUCCCCAGGAUCAGAGUUCCUUCCUAAAGCAUGACCCUGUGGCCCGCUGGUGCUGUGAAGAUAGCUGUUGAGAUAGCAUGCCCAGGCCAAUGAAUGCUGCACAGGUAGAGUCUAGGCUGUUGUGCAUGUUGCUCUCACCCUUCUGUCAGGGACAAGAGUAUACACUAAUGUUGCUCAAAGGGCAUGCAUCCACUGUGUGGUGACUAAACUUGAACAUCUCUGCAGAUAGGACACUGAGCAUGCCAGGCACUUGAUGCCACUAUGUUCGUCUAUGCUCCCAUGCAAGGAGAGGAGAAUUCUCCCCUCCAGCAGAGGAAGGGAACAGAGGGAGGCUAAUUUGGGUUUUAAUUCCAUUAUCAUGCCAGCUGACGUUAUGACUGAAUGAUGUAGUUAAGAUUUUUAUCUUACGUCUAGUGAGGAUUGGGCCUGGACCUGGAAAUCAUUCUAAUCUGGCAGGUUCAUUUUUGACAUUGGAAAGGAUAGGGCAAUCAUUUUGCCCUAUUAGCAUUAUAGGAAUUGUAUCCGGAGCUGAAGUCCAAAAGCCGUAAGAAGGAAUUCAGUGAAGGGGAUUUGAGAAGUUUCAUUACUUUGAGUUGCCGUUCUCAGGAUUACUGACAAAGCACACACUGUUUUACAUGUUAAGGCAAACCUGUGUGUCACCAAGUAGGCAGGCCUCAUUCUGAGAAGCCGCCCCAUCUGUAAGAGGUGGGAAUGGUAGUACUCAGUUCCACUGUGCAGAGCCAGGUCUCGUGGGAGCCGUGGCAUUCACGUCGAAUGCAGGCUGCUAUUUGCUUGUUCAUUCUACCUGUUCUGUCAGCAUUGUUUUCUCCAGAGGCCGCAGGACAGCACUUACUUCGGUGACAGCCCAGUCUCUGCCUUGAACCCCCCUCACACACAAACACGGUGGCCACUCUAAUGUCACAUGGGCACACCGUUUCUAAACACCUCCCUCACACACUGCUUUCCCACAGAAGCAGUUGUUUGCCAGCCCCAGACCAAAGGACUGAAGCAGCCCUGCUCUGAUCACUAGGAGGGAAGAUGACAACAUAAUGGAUUUAACUCACUGCUGUGUUUUAUCCUUUGGAGUCUGAUCAGCAAUCAGUGCAUAAUUCAGGACACGAACCUGUAGCGAUUAUGUAAAUGGAUGUGUUGGCCUCUUAACACCAGUUACUAGCAGACUUCCUGUGAGGAAGUUAGUUUCCUUUUAAUGAAAUGCUUCUGUUUUUUAAUCCUCCUUGUUGUGUGCCCCCAGUCUCCUGACUGUGUGCUUACUUUCCUUGUUUAAUUUAAAUGAAACUUCUGGUCCCUGAGAGUUGAUCUGGCGGGUGGGGUGGGUGACUUUUGGUUUUGUGUUUAUUUAGGGCAUCCAUAGGCCUCAAGGAUUUUUCCUUUAGGGUCCUAUUUCUCAGAAAGUCUUCAGUCUUUGUUUUUGUUUUGUUUUUCUUAAAGGAUAUUUUUAAAGCUUAAAUUUGUAUAUUAAUUUAGGACUUUAUUUAGAAGUAUAGGCUGCUGUUGGUGGCAGCAGUAUAUUCUGAAAUGUCUCAUAGAUAUAUAUUUUUGAAUAAAGAUGGUGUUGUUGAACAACAUGUGAUGUUUCUUCUCCCUCCCUGUGUGGUGCUUAGUGAUCAUCUAUGGAGAAUGUCCUGUCAGCACAGGGUGAACUCACCCUCAGUUCUUUCUCGGAGCUCAGUUGGCCAGUUAGCAGUCUGCACUGCUGCAGUGAGGGCUGACCGCACUUGAUCCUUGUGCAGGAGUGAGGGCUGGCAGGGCCAGUGACCCCCCUGAACACACCGAGGACAGCCUGGCAAGCCUGGGGCUGCAGUAUUUUCAUGCACACCGUCAGGCCUCAUGGGAAUGGUUUGAUUUGCAGUAUGCUGAAGCUGCUCUUGGAAAAAAUGCAAAAUAAAACACCGUCUUUUAAAACCA